UAUUGGUAUUGUUUCUGUCCCUCCAAAACUCUUCUCCAACACAAGAGCCAACAAACACACAGCACAUUCAUAUACACACCACAACCGAGCUCAGAAUCCAGGAAAGUGCGAGAAACUGAGGUUUUUUUUUUUCCAUCUUCUUCAAUUGAAGGGAAAAUAGCGCAGACCCGUUUUGUUUCUCUGGUCUUUGAUACGCGAAAGCGAUAAAAUCUGGUCUUUGUCUUGAAAUGGAUUUCUGGAAUGCUUCUGUCGUCAUGGAUGAUGAGUUUGAGAAGCUCGUAAUUCGGAUGAACCCUCCAAGGGUUAUGGUGGAUAAUGCCUCAAGCAGGAAAGCCACUUUGAUUAUGGUUGAUAGUGCAAAUAAGCGAGGGAGUUUAUUGGAGUUGGUUCAGGCUUUGACUGAUUUGGAUCUUAUAAUUAGACGAGCUUACAUUUCUUCAGAUGGGGAAUGGUUCAUGGAUGUAUUUCAUGUCACAGAUCAACAGGGGAAUAAGCUUUUUGAGGAUGAUGUGGCUGAAAGAAUUCAACAGUCACUGGGACCAAGGGCACGUAGCUUUCGCUCCCUGAGACGGUCUGUUGGUGUCCAAGCUGCCACAGAGAACACAACCAUUGAAUUGACCGGAAAGGACAGACCAGGGUUGCUUUCAGAGAUCUUUGCAGUUCUUACUGACCUUAAAUGCAACGUGGUUGCUGCAGAAGUCUGGACCCACAAUUCAAGAAUGGCAUCCGUUGUUUACAUUACGGAUGAGCCUACUGGUUUGGUGAUUGAUGAUCCUGAUAGGCUUGCAAAUAUCAAACAGCUUCUUCUAUAUGUUCUGAAAGGUGACCAAGAUAAGCAAAGUGCUAAUACUGCUGUUUCUGUGGGUUCAACUCACAAGGAAAGGAGGCUGCAUCAGAUGAUGUAUGCUGAUCGUGAUUACGACAUAAUUGAUACGCAUUGUGGAUCAGUUCGUGACAGGAGCAAGCCCCAAGUAACUGUAGAAAAUUGUGCGCAUAAGGGGUACACUGUUGUUAAUCUGAGGUGCCCAGACCGUCCUAAGCUACUAUUCGACACAGUUUGCACACUAACAGAUAUGCAAUAUGUGGUAUACCAUGGAACUAUCAUAGCUGAAGGACCAGAGGCUUAUCAGGAAUAUUACAUCAGGCAUGUGGAUGGUUGCCCAAUUAGUUCUGAAGCAGAGAGGGAAAGGGUCAUUCAUUGUUUGGAAGCUGCUAUUAGGAGGAGAACUUCCGAGGGUAUAAGACUUGAACUUUGUAGCGACGACAGGGUUGGCCUUUUAUCUGACGUGACUCGAAUAUUCAGAGAAAAUGGGCUUUCAGUCACCCGAGCAGAGGUUACGACCAGGGGAUCCCAAGCUGUGAAUGUUUUCUAUGUCACUGAUGCAUCUGGAUAUCCCGUGAAGACUGAAACAAUUGAAGCAGUUCGAAAAGAGAUUGGCUCGACUAUACUUCAUGUGAAGGAAGAUGAGUGUUCAAAAUCUCUUCCCCAGGAGAGCGGGAGAUUCUCUUUCGGUAACAUCUUUCGAUCUCAAUCAGAGAAGUUCCUUUACAACUUGGGCCUGAUAAAAUCAUGUUCCUAAUCAGUUAGUUUUCAGUUAAAUUAGGUGCUUUUGGUUUCUGUAAAUGUUGCUAGCUCCUCAAAAACCACAUGUCUCGUUGGCUCUGGCCUCCAGAGAAACUUUCAUUCAGAUUUCAACUGUAAAGCUUUGUGUAAAUAUGCUUGCUUAGCUGCUCAUCCUUGGAUUCUCUAAGGCUUUUGUACAUACACACACACAGCUGUUCUCUCAGUGCAGAAUCUCAAUUUUUUUCCUCCAAA